GCCAUUUCGUCAAAAUGAACAUCUUUUGUUUUUUGAACGAGACGCAGCCGGCAGGGCCCGGCUGCCUUCCAUGCGAUCAGGCGCCUGCGUGGGUCAACGUGGGGAGCUUGAGCUGCGUUUCCUGCCCCUGGUCAGCGGCGACGCUGACGUGGCAGUCCCAUUAGAUGUGGGGUUGGUAGGGAGCAUGGGAGAUCGUCGGCGCGAAUUCUUUCGCGGUAUACAGAUGGCGUCGAUGGGGGACAAACAGCGAGGGGCCACCGACUGGCUUAUAUUCAUUCAAGGUGCUCGCUCUCGAUUAGAGGUGAUGGUGGAGGCACUGCGAUCACAACUGGGAGUUCGAUUUGAGGCUGUUGGGGGGGCAGCUUCUUCGAGUCCGCCGUAUCGGGAGGUGAUGGCGAAGAUGUUGCAGAUUGUUUACGAGGACUUGCAAACGGAUGGUCGCAUGGAUGGUCAACUGGAGGCUCUAAAGCGGUGUUGCGAUGACAUCUUUGAGGAGGGGCAGGAUGUGUACGCAGCGUUGGAGGAGGAUUGGUACUUGCACUUGGUCGAUACGGAAGAUGAGGACUACAGCAACGCAUGCAUCACCGGUGGAGACGAGCUGGAGGAGGGUCAAACUGGUGUCGAUAAUGCCCUCGUUGCGGAUAAAAUUGCAACUAAUAAUAACGUGGUCAUGCAGGUCUGGGGCAAAGACAUAGGGAUCGUCAGCCUGGGCUUGUCCGACAACAACAUCGUCAACAACAACAACAACAACAACAACAAUAACAAAAACAACAACACGAACAGCAACUACGAUGCAGGGAUCAUGGGCGCCGACAAUACUGCGAUUGUUGAGCACGACACUGGUGCAAGUGACGAAAUCGAGAGCCCCUGCACGCCGGAUUGCGAUAACUACACCGGUGACAACAAUGAGGAUACUAAUAACAACAACGACAACCACAUAAACAAUAUCAUUGACGGCGGUUUGGUAAGUGUGGUAGGGGUUCCUGUUUUUGUCUACCCCUCCUUCUUUCCCCCACAGGCCUUUCUUCCUUGCAACUCUGUUGAUGAUCUGGGGGGAGGGCGAAGGGGCAGUUUGAAUGGCGCGCCCAGCAGAUUGGAAGGGUGUGGGGGACAGCCAAGGGUGCGAUGGGUGCGCGAGGGGGUGGGCUAGACAGUGGCUUCGCUUAUCUUACCUUCCAGAUGCCAUGUAUUGGUAGGGUAGUUCUGGCCACGUGCUAAUGGGGCAUGAGGCGAUAUGCCACGUGGCGCUGUCGAUUUCUGUUGAGCGGCCCAUCAGGGCUUUGCCACGUGGCUAUCAGGUUCUGCUCAUCCUGCUCAAUGAUCUUUGGGUGGUAGAAGAGUAGUUUAGGGUGGGGCGCAAACUCAUGCUCUGGGGAUAAAAUUCGAUUUGGGUA